AGUCAUGGUAAUGCACGCAGCAGAAGGAGUCAAGCGCUUCGGAAGGGGGACAAAUCUGACCAAUAAAGGAUUCUAAAGGGGAAUCUAUCGCAAAGGAUUCUGUCACUCACUCUUUGCGAGAUGCGUCUCUCACGGAAACGCUGGACUAUUUGCACAAUAAGCAUCCUGGUGAUCUUCUACAAGACGAAAGAAAUAACUAGAAGUGAAGAACAUCAGGAAGCUCAAGUCACUGGCGACAGUGAACUCGACACUUCAAGACUUAUGGUCAAUAGUUCAGAGAAAAGCAGCAGGAGUGGUCCUUCCUUUUUCCAGCACUCGGUCGAAGGAUGGCGGCUCAAUUCGUCACUAGUUCUCAUGAUAAGGAAGGACGUGCUGCGUUUCCUGGAUGCUGAGAGGGACGUUUCAGUGGUGAAGAGCAGUUUCAAACCAGGCGACACUAUCCACUACGUCCUCGACAGACGCCGAACGCUCAACAUCUCCCACACGCUGCACAGCCUGCUACCGGACGUCUCUCCGCUCAAGAACAAGCGCUUCAAGACAUGCGCGGUGGUGGGCAACUCCGGCGUGCUUCUCAACAGCGGAUGUGGCAAGGAAAUCGACAGGCAUGACUUUGUCAUACGCUGUAACCUGGCGCCGUUGGCCGAGUUCGCCGAGGACGUGGGGCUGCGGUCCGACUUCACCACCAUGAACCCCUCUGUCAUCCAGAGGGUGUACGGCAGCCUGAAGAACGCCACGGACACGGAGAGGUUCGUCCAGCGCCUGCGGAUGCUCAACGACAGCGUGCUGUGGAUUCCGGCCUUCAUGGUGAAGGGAGGAGAGAGGCACGUGGAGAGCGUCAACGAGCUCAUCGUCAAGAGGAAGCUGAGGGUGAGGACGGCCUACCCGUCGCUGAGGCUCAUCCACGCGGUGAGAGGGUACUGGCUGACAAACAAGAUCAAUAUCAAACGGCCCAGCACCGGAUUGUUGAUGUACACUUUGGCCACACGCUUCUGCGACGAGAUUCACUUGUAUGGAUUCUGGCCCUUUCCGCGGGACUCAAAUGGAAAUGUGGUGAAGUACCAUUACUACGACUUGCUCAAGUAUCGAUACUUCUCCAACGCAGGCCCUCACAGGAUGCCACUGGAGUUCAAAACGCUGAAAAUGCUGCACAGUAAAGGAGCUCUGAAGUUGACGACUUCGAAGUGCGAAUCUUAAAGUGCUCUUCCUCGACGGAGUGCCAUUUUGUGGCAUAAACGGACACUUUGUUUGCGUUACUAGAAAGCACACAAGGCUGUAUGACUGCUGAGUUGACUACGGAGGACAGUUGAUGAUGAAUAAUUGCAAAAGUAGCAAGUAAAAGUGAGCGUGCCUUUUUUUAAAUGAACAAUGUAAAGGUACAAAACAAAGAAUGUAAUUGAAAAAUGAUUAGUCUUAUCUAAAUGUCAGGUUUGGCAUUGUAAGCAUCAUGGCUGAGAAAUCAGGAAACCAACCCUUUGGAUGGAGCAUCAGAGACGACCAGAUUGAUUACAAUACCAUGGAUUUCUACACUGGUCAUUGCAGUAGUUGUCUAAUAGACAAAGCACGAAGACCAGUGGCUGCGGUGUGUUAGCGAUUACUUGCUGGGUGUAGACCAACGGUGGUGAUUCAACAUGUGAAACCGUCGGGAAAUGAACAGAAAACGACUGUCCGAGGUGAUAUUCUGGUCAGAGGCGACACCAAGCCCACAUCAGCCCGACACGGGGUAGCCCACAACAAGUCCAACACAGACUAGUCCACAACUAUUCCACAUCAGCCCAAAACAAGAUACCCUACACGGGCUAGCCCACACCAAGCCCACAUCAGCCCUACACAGGCUAGCCCACACCAAGCCCACAUCAGCCCAACACAGGCUAGUCCACAACUAGCCCACAUCAGCCCAACACAGGCCAGCCUGCACCAGCCCAACACAGUCUAGUCCACAACAAGCCCACACCAGCCCAAUGCAGGGCUUUCCCACACCAGCCCAACGCAGGGCUAGCCCAUACCAGCCCACCAGAUCUUGGACACUGUCUUAAAAGAAAAACUUAAAUGAGUGACAUGAGAAACUAGUGUUUCUGAUGUAAUGUAACCUAAAUACCUUUUAAGGCUUGAAAAUGAUAAUAUGUAUGCAUUGAGUUGAAUUGUAAUAAUUAAAUAAUACAUAAAUUAAUUAAUAUUAAAUAAUAGAAAAAAACUGAUAAAUUGUCAGGGCCAAUACUGGAGCCUGAAUGGGCAGCUGAUCCAAAGGGAGGGCUGCCUUCACCAGAUAUGGGCUGCCCACACUGGGCCAAUGCCUUGGGAGCCAGCAAAGGUGCAUCGGCCCAAUGUGGGCAGCCUACAGGGGGCCAAUAUUUUGGCCCACAUCAUGCCAAUGUGGGCAUGUUUGCUGGGCAACCCGCUGGUUUCAACCAUUUUUGUCGUCAUGAUGUUUUGUCAGUAAGAGAAAGCAGAGAAUACAGGUUCUGCUCAGUAAAUUAGAUUUUUGGAUAUAAAAAAAAUAAAUAAUAAUGUGCCCAGAAAAGUUAAUUCCAAAGAUCCCAUGCUCAUUUAUCAAAAGAAGGUGUUGUUCUUCACAGCUGAACUUUCUAAGAAUUAGAAGCCUCAGGGCAGAAUUAUUUUUAUAUUUGUCUAGAUGUCAGAUUAAUUUAUACAUUUUCAAUAUGUAUGCUGUUUCUAAGUGAUUCAUCUCAUGUUAUCUGAACACACCUUUUGUAAACUUGUAUGUUAAAGGGGAAUGGAAACGUACAUCAAGUUAGGCCUUUUUAGACAAUUGUUAUUCAUUAGUAUGCAUUAUUGGACUUUAUACAACGGGUGAGUCUAAUCCUGAAUGCUGAUUGGUUAAAACCGCAUUCCAGACGGUGUCUAUUCCACGAGUUACCACUGGCUAAA